UAUUUUAUCUUCAUUUUCUUUUCUUUUUUCUGAGAAAAAACUUAUUUACUUUUUCUUGAAAGAGUGUGUAUUUAACUUGAUCAAGAUUGCACAUUAAUAAAUUUUAAAAAAAUUGCUCUGGUAGAGAAUUGAGAAAAUGGUUGCAGCUGUAUCUACAAAUGGAUGGUACAAGAAUUCAGUUACAAUGUUGCAAUCAAAGAAUUUACAGUCAAUGAACUGGAGCAACUCUUUCUUGGUUUCCUGGUAUGACUCAAGAUUAUCAGCAAGAAUGUUGUGUUCAUCAAGUACAGCUGCAGCAUUUGAUUGUACAGGAAAGAAACAGAAACAGAGAUAUAAUAAGAAGCUGAAUAUUGUUACUAAUGAGUUGGGUGGGCAGUAUGAGGAAACUUUUAAUGAUGUUAAGCUUAUAACACUGAACUGCUUCACAUAUAAAGCUGUAAGGACUGUGCUUCACCAACUUUAUGAGAUGAACCCUACUGAGUAUAAGUGGCUCUACAACUUUGUUGCUGAAAAUGAUCCACGCGAUGGAAAGAAGUUUCUUCGAGCCCUUGGAAAGGAAAACCAAGAUCUCGCUGAGAGAGUGAUGAUAACGCGUCUUCACCUAUAUGGUAAAUGGAUAAAGGUAUGUGACCAUGGGGCAAUUUACAAGGAAAUUUCGGAUGAAAAUUUGGAAUUGAUGCGAGAACGGCUCCUGGAAACCAUUGUCUGGCCAUCUGAUGACAAAAAUGCAGGGAAAUCAGAGUGAAGUAGUCAGCCAUUCUCUUCUGCUACUGUUCUCAACUUCCACAGCCAAGUGCUUUCAACUUUGAAUUAAUUAGAUUUUCGUCUCUUCUUUUUGUAAUAUUUUGAGAAAUUAAUUAGUCCAAAAAAUAUUCAUCAAUAGCUACACCAGUACACCAAUUCACCGUAUAGACAUAGCUGUAACUUGAAAUCCUCUUGGUCGGUGUUUUGCUUUUGCAUAUAUUUCUUGCCAAACAAUUUAGUCAAUUUCUUACUUAGAUAAUUAAUGAUUUUUUUUUAA